ACAAGAGGAAAUAACUGUUUCUCCAGAUACAGAGAGAAGAGAGGUCCCGGGCACGUAACUAUACAAACCUGGAUAUUCAGGCGAAUAAAUGCCACCAAGUAUGACCAAGAGCUCGGCGAAUAAAUUGACAAAUGGAGAUGUUUUCCACCGGACAUCCAACGGUAAGACAUCAUCGAGAAGGAACGGUUUCGUGAAGAAUCAUUGCUUGUUCCAACAACCGCAACAGAAGAAUCGGCGCCCGAGUGAGAACAACCAUGUUGUUCGUAAUGCCAGCCUGUACAACAAAGCGUUUGUGGAGCAGUUUGAGGAGACUCCUCUGCUUGUGGCGGUUCUCACAUACAUGGGCUAUGGGAUCCUCACCAUCUUCGGGUACCUGCGGGACUUCCUCCGGCACUGGGGCAUGGAGAAGUGCCAUGUAGCCAGAGAAAGGGAAGAGCAGAAGGACUUUGUUCCACUGUACCAGGACUUUGAGAACUUCUACACCCGGAAUCUAUACAUGCGAAUCCGUGACAACUGGAACAGGCCGAUCUGCAGUGUUCCAGGAGCCAAGAUGGACCUGUUGGAGAGGGCCUCCAAAGACUACAACUGGACCUUCCAACACACAGGCAAGCUGGUGAAAGACGUGAUCAACAUGGGUUCAUAUAACUACCUGGGCUUUGCUGAGAACACUGGGAGGUGUGCCGACGCUGCCACAGAGUCCACCCACCACUAUGGCGUUGGAGUGGGUAGCACCCGCUAUGAGAUGGGUAACCUGGACCUCCAUGAGGAGUUGGAACAGCUGGUUGCUAGGUUCCUGGGGGUGGAGUCAUCUAUGGCCUUUGGGAUGGGCUUCGCGACCAACUCCAUGAACAUUCCGGCUCUGGCUGGAAAGGGCUGUUUGAUCCUGAGUGAUGAGUUAAACCAUGCCUCUCUGGUGCUGGGCGCUCGGCUGUCUGGAUCCAUCAUCAGAGUCUUCAAGCACAACAAUAUGGUGAGUCUAGAGAAGCUGUUGAGAGACGCCGUCGUCCACGGCCAGCCCAGAACACGCAGGCCCUGGAAGAAGAUCCUCAUACUGGUCGAAGGAAUAUACAGUAUGGAGGGAUCCAUCGUGCGUCUGCCUGAGGUGAUAGCCCUGAAGAAGCGCUACAAGGCCUUUCUCUACCUGGACGAGGCCCACAGCAUCGGGGCACUAGGACCUCGUGGUGGAGGGGUGGUCGACUACUUUGCUCUGGACCCCAAAGAUGUUGACAUCAUGAUGGGAACGUUCACUAAGAGCUUUGGUGCUGCUGGAGGGUAUAUCGGAGGAAAAAGGGAGUUGAUAGACUACCUGCGGUCCCACUCCCACAGUGCGAUCUACGCCACCUCCAUGUCUCCUCCUGUGUCCCAACAGGUCAUCACUUCUAUGAAGAUUAUCAUGGGGGAGGACGGUACCACUCUGGGUGUGGUUCGUCUGAGGCAGCUGUCAGACAACACUACGUAUUUCAGGAGGAAACUCAGAGAGAUGGGCUUCAUCAUCUAUGGCAACGAUGACUCUCCUGUUGUACCCAUGAUGCUCUACAUGCCCGCCAAGAUAGGGGCGUUCGGUAGGGAGAUGUUGAAGAGGAACAUCGGGACGGUGGUGGUUGGCUUUCCGGCAACGCCCAUCAUAGAGUCCAGGGCCAGGUUCUGUGUGUCUGCUGCCCACACCAGAGAUAUUUUGGACACGGCGUUGGAGGCCAUCAGUGAGGUAGGAGAUAUAUUACAGCUGAAGUAUUCUAGACACCAGAGACGUCCUCAUCUCCCCUCUUCCCUGGGUUCAUGGUCCUCUGAGGAGAGUCUGCUCCAGGAGUCCAGCCACGUCAAGCCUUCUGUCAUGUAACUAACUGAAAUGCCUACACUGGUGUAGGGUCAAGUUGCCUCUAGAUGCUGAUCUUGUCAGUUUAGUAUUUUUCCCCACUAAUAGUUAAUGUUAGGAUUGGGGGAUGGAAAGCUGAUCCUAGAUCUGUACCAAAGUGAAACUUCACCAGGUCUGAAAAGUCACCAUGUGCCCGGAGGGUUUUCUUAAUGCAUCUUAACUUAUUGUGACUUCAUUUUUUUUGGAGUUUGUACCUUAAUGUUGAGUCUUAAAUAUGUCUUUGUGCAUUAUGGGGUCUUCCAAUGCAAUAAUAACAAGAUUACAUUGACAUUGUAGUAAUUUAGAAGACUCUCUUAUCCAGAGCCACUUACUGGAGUACCUUGCUCAACGGCACAUUGACAGCUUUUUCACCGAUUCGGCUCAGGGAUUCGAACCAGCUACCUUUAGCUUACAGGCCCACCACUUUAAACCAAUAGGCUACCUGCUGCGGUUCUUAAAUGUAUUUUCAGCUUUUAAGAUAGGUUUUAAUAUUAAAAUAUACAGUAGUUGGCAGGAGUUAUAUAACAGACAAAGUAAAUCAAUAAUCUCUAUCAUUCCUUACGUUAGUAGAGCACUGUUGAUAUGGGUAAAAUACCCCAUCCCCACCGAAAUAUAGGCCUUCAUAUCACAUGGGGUACAUCAAGUGUCAACCUUAUUAUUUUUAUUUUAUUUAACUUAAACCUUUCCACUCUAAUCAGUGUUUUAUACUUGAAUAUUGUCAUUGGGUCCUUUCUCUAACCAAAUAUAUGUAUUGUACAUUAUCUACUGUUUAUACUGUAAAUUAACAUGUGAAAUCUUCUUUGACUUAACAUCAGAGCUCGUCACCAAUCACAGAGCUGCUUUCCAUGAGUAGUCCUAGCUCUCUCUGUGUAAUCUAUGUAUCACACCUGGCUCAUGUUCAUUGGGGCACGUCUCUGCCAAAACAAGCAUUUCUUAUUGGACAAGCCCUGGUAGUCCCUCCCAGUUUCAGUUAGUUUUGUUCCAUUUUGUGCCUAAUGAACACGACUUUGUUCCAAAAAGAUCUGUUGAGAUAUUUGGAAUAGCGGGGGGGGGGGUGAAUGUUUUAUUUUCUAUCAUCUUUUUCAGCCUUUAAUAUUUAGUGUUCUUUACACCUGUGCUGGAAUAACUUGAAUAUGUCUUAAACAUUUUGAACAGAGUCUUUAACGUAUCCAUUAAUGAAGAUUUUCUAAUACUGCUAUAGGAUAAAUAAGAACCAGGUCGUGUUGUGUGUUUCUUAGGUUCUGCUUCCUGGAAUAGAAAAUACAUAUAUUUCAAUGGAGAUUAUUGCCUUCAUCUGUGUGCGGGAAACUGCCCGUUACUGAAGACACAUGUCAUGUGAAUAUCUAACUGUAUAUCUGAACCUAAGUGCUUAUUCUAUUAUUAAACAACCCAGCACUGAUGUCUUCUUCCUAAACAAUGACACGCUGGGUGUAAUGUAACCACACUGGUCUAUCUGUACGUAUGACCAUGCUGCAUCCUAACCAUGCUUCUCUGAUGUACAGAUAUGUCCUUAUUCGGGAAACACUUCCUAUGGAUACCCUCUUUAUAAGGUGUUAUAAGUGCAUCCAUAAUGCCUUAUGAGCUAUGUAUAAUGUAUUAUAAUGCCUUAUGAGCUAUGUAUAAUGUAUUAUAAUGCCUUAUGAGCUAUGUAUAAUGUAUUAUGAUGCCUUAUGAGCUAUGUAUAAUGUAUUAUGAUGCCUUAUGAGCUAUGUAUAAUGUAUUAUAAUGCCUUAUGAGCUAUGUAUAAUGUAUUAUGAUGCCUUAUGAGCUAUGUAUAAUGCAUUAUAAUGCCUUAUGAGCUAUGUAUAUUGCAUUAUAAUGCCUUAUGAGCUAUGUAUAAUGUAUUAUAAUGCCUUAUGAGCUAUGUAUAUUGCAUUAUAAUGCCUUAUGAGCUAUGUAUAAUGUAUUAUAAUGCCUUAUGAGCUAUGUAUAUUGCAUUAUAAUGCCUUAUGAGCUAUGUAUAAUGUAUUAUAAUGCCUUAUGAGCUAUGUAUAUUGCAUUAUAAUGUCUUAUGAGCUAUUAUAAUGCCUUAUGAGCUAUGUAUAUUGCAUUAUAAUGCCUUAUGAGCUAUGUAUAAUGUAUUAUAAUGCCUUAUGAGCUAUCUAUAUUGCAUUAUAAUGCCUUAUGAGCUAUGUAUAAUGUAUUAUAAUGCCUUAUGAGCUAUGUAUAUUGCAUUAUAAUGCCUUAUGAGCUAUGUAUAAUGCCUUGAGCUAUGUAUAUUGCAUUAUAUAAUGCCUUAUGAGCAUAAAAUAGGUUUAAUACAGGACGUUUUUCUAUUUAUUGCAAAUUCCCAAAUAGUAUUUCAAUCUGCCUUGUUUUGGGGAGGAUGUUUCUAAUAUAGUAUCUCUGUGGGUUGCAGCUCUAUGUUCUACAGCAGCUUCUAAAUUCCAUUCAAAGUCAGCCAUUUCAGGAAGUUAAAUUUCAGUUUGGAAAUGUUUAUGGAAAUUCAGAAAACUAUUAGAAUUGACCUCCUGAAUUGACUUGGUUUGUAAUGGAAUUGACCCCCAACCCUGUUCCAGUGCUUGUACUACUGAUGUGCAUUGUAAAUGCAAAGAUGAUGUAGCCUCACUGAAACGGCAGGCUUUACGGCUGGCUAACGGCAGGCUUUACGGCUGACUAACGGCAGGCUUUACGGCUGGCUAACGGCAGGCUUUACGGCAGGCUUUACGGCUGGCUAACGACAGGCUUUACGGCUGGCUAACGGCAGGCUUUACGGCUGGCUAACGGCAGGCUUUACGGCUGGCUAACGACAGGCUUUACGGCUGGCUAACGGCAGGCUUUACGGCUGGCUAACGGCAGGCUUUACGGCUGGCUAACGGCAGGCUUUACGGCUGGCUAACGGCAGGCUUUACGGCUGGCUAACGGCAGGCUUUACGGCUGGCUAACGGCAGGCUUUACGGCUGGCUAACGACAGGCUUUACGGCUGGCUAACGGCAGGCUUUACGGCUGGCUAACGGCAGGCUUUACGGCUGGCUAACGGCAGGCUUUACGGCUGGCUAACGACAGGCUUUACGGCUGGCUAACGACAGGCUUUACGGCUGGCUAACGACAGGCUUUACGGCUGGCUAACGACAGGCUUUACGGCUGGCUAACGACUGCUUGGUCUGAAGGAAGCGUCUUUUUACCGCCGACUGUCUCACAAUGAUUCUUAUCUGAUAUGGCAUUCUAGAAUUAGCUGAUUUUGUUUUGGCUGGCUUGUAUAUUUGUUUUUAUUUUAUUUUGUGUAAAUUAUAUAUUUGAUUUUCAAUGGGACAACCUAUGGGUCAUUUCAAGUGUAAUAUUGUGAUAAGUCAAAUAUCCGGUUUGUAGUUGAGGUGUGUGAGUGUAGAAAUGUAUCGAACAGAACUGAGGCUAGCACUGUGAUCAUUCCACCACUACAAGCUCCUUUUAAACUAUCUCAGACAUCUUUAAAGUGUCUAGAAUUUGUUUAGCAGUAAAACUGAAACUUUGUUGAUUCUGCAUUGUAUUUAGUUCAAGCUGGGUGGGCCCAUGUAGUUAGUCUCUCUUGGUCCCGAAUGGCACUCUUCUUCCUAUAGUGUACUACUUUUAACCACAGCCUUAGUCAAAAGUAGUGCACUAAAAAGGCAAUGGGGCACCAUUUGGGAUGCCUGCUCCGUAUCCUGUUCCCAUCUCUAUUGAGACAGGAUGUGAUUGCUCAUAUCCAGCAACAUGAUCUCAGGAAGGAUUUUUACAUUUCUACAAAGCAAAUAACAUUUCGCUUCAUAUGUCAUUAAUCACUGGCCCAUUUUUUUUUUUUAAAGUAAAUGUGUUUUUAAAAUGAAAAGAUUAAAAAGUUCUUUGAUGUAAAAUGACAUUGUUUAACCAGCAAUGGGAGAGAUUUGUGAACUGACCUACUCUGUACGCGGCUGUAUAAAUCCUGUAUGUUAUCAGUAGGCUUUCACCCUUGGCAAGUUCAAUGUUUGGAGAUAGUUAGGGUUGAAAGAUAAACCAUUUGAGGUUUUUGAAGCAAUGGUGUGUGUUAAACCGUGCUGUUGGAAACGGUGCUGAGAUUAAAUCUGUCUUUGUUUGUAUCAAGCUCUAGGUUAGAUUUGUCUUUUGGCAAAGGUCUAUAUACAUACGCACGAUGUGUAAUGUCAUCUAUCGGAAAGACUUUACAGAAUAAAUACCAUUAAAUGAC